AUGAUAUCUUUAAUUAUCACAGACCCUGGGAAGGAUCUGAUGUUCGAAAGCACCAAAUCCAGUCAGAAUGAUCUGGAGGAAGAUGAUGAUGGGGUUCCCAAGAAGAAGUGGCCAACGGUAGAUGCUUCCUAUUACGGUGGGCGUGGCGUUGGAGGCAUUAAGCGAAUGGAGGUUCGCUGGGGAGAAAAGGGAUCAACCGAAGAAGGGGCAAAGCUGGAGAAGGCCAAGAAUGCGCGAGUCAAGAUGCCAGAACAAGAGUAUGAGUUCCCAGAGCCAAGGAAUCUUGGAAACAGCAUGCGCAGGUCCUCCUCACCACAGAAGUGGUAUUCUCCUAUCAAGGGAAAGCUGGAUGCCCUCUGGGUUCUUCUGAGGAAAGGUUACGACCGGGUGUCCGUCAUGCGACCACAGCCAGGCGACAAGGGACGCUGCAUUACGUUCACCAGGGUGAAGACUUCCCAGGCGCCGCCCAAGUACCCGCUCAACAACGCCUACCACCCUUCAUCCCCACCCCCUGCCCCCAUUUAC